AUGCACAUUUAUAAAAAAAAAAAAAAAAAAAAGAAAGAAAUCAUCCUGACACCUCUCCCUAGCAACCGUAAUGUUUCUCCUGGAUACCGUUCUGUUAAGUUACAGGAAACGAACCGAGACCGCUCCACACAUGCAUUCACCUGAUGAAAACCAGCUCCCGUGUCCCGGACAGUCUCUGUGGAGCCUCAUCACUGACUAUGUCUCAGAGUCAGAGCUGCUGAAGAUCCAUGCAGCUUUGGGUGACUCUCUGGUUGACAUGUACACAGAGGUUCACUCAGAGGCAGAGAUGUGGCACAAGAAGUGGCAGGAGAGUCAGUGUUAUGGGAACCACCAAGUGCAGGGUCCCUCUCUUUCUGACCCGCCUGUUGUGAAAGAGUUGGUGAGAGGAGAGGUCAAGUUACUACUGGAGACACUCAAAGGAAGAGCCUGCAACAGCGAAAGAGACAGUGAGGAGCUCCUGCUUCGAUACAAUCCUGAGACUCUAAGCUAUGUGCUUGGUCAGCAGAAGAUUGGUUAUGGCAGACCCUCCAACCUCAAAAAUGCUGAUAACUUCAACAGUGCUGGGAGUGAGAUUGAAGCAGUUAAAGAUAUGCUGAAUAUCACUAAUAUUCACAGUGUGAUCUCUCCACUCAGAUGUGUCCUCUUGGAGGAAUGUGAAGCAUUGACUAAAAUGACAAAGCAUUUCAAGGAAAACAUCAAAUUGAAGUGUAUAAGUCAGUGUCGCUUAAAUAAGCCUGAGCCAUCACUUACAGAGCUGAAAGAACUCAGAGCAGCCAUCCAAACAGACCUGAAGCUCCUGCCUUCAUCUUCUGAAGCCUCAUCCUCGACUCCAGUUUCAAGUAAGAAGAAAAGUUUCAGAUUUCCAGCUGAAUCUGGUUUAGGUACUCACUUAGCUCCUACUCCUAAAUCAAGCUCGAGACUAGAUCUGCCUCCACUGUGGCAGCCCAAACCCAGACCACCAAGUCAUGAUCCUCCUACCAGGACCUCAUUAGUGCGGACUCUUGGUUUGCAUCGUUCUACAUCAGCCUCUCAUGAAUCAGUUAAACAUACCAGCAGUGACAGGUUGAACACUAACCUGAAAGUUACUAAAAGCCAAGAGAACUCUAUUUUUUCCAGAAAGCCAGACUUCACUGACCCUCUCUGCAGAACUUUUUCAGAACUUCACAUAAGCUCUGAGAGAGACUCUGCCUCCCAUCCAUCAUCACAAUGCUGUGUUCACAGACUGAGCACAGAUGCUGACUGGUCACCACACAGGGAGAGAAAAAUCAGUGCUCUUUGUUCAAGAAAUAUAAACUUCACCCCCUUACCUCCUCCUCCUUUGGAUCAGCAAUCUGACGCAGGCAGCAGGAGCAGCAGCAGUAGCAGUAGCAGUAGUCUCAUUGACCAUUCUGUGUCUGCGAAUGGUAAAAUAAAACCAGAUGACAGGGAUAACAAUUGUAGCAGUGGGAGAAACUUGGUGUUAGCUGUACUGCAGAAAGAUAAGUCUGAAAAGACCAGUGGAAUCUCCCACAUAUCUGGAAGUUUUGAUCAAUGUGGCGCCAAGAAAAACAACAGUCAGGGAGAAAUAGAAAUAGUUGCCUAAGACAAAAUACCAACAAUCAAAGAAGUCAAGAUAGCGUCAGCAUCGCAGACGACUCAUGACUUCAUCCAAAAAGUAAUGAGAUAUGUCCUCAACCACAGCAGAGAAAAAAAAAACUUAAUUCACCAGAAAAACCACAACCAAGAAAAC